CUUCCCGCCUAUCGGACCGGUGGCUGCUUACGAAGAGGUGUGCGCUCACUGAGGGGCGUGUUCCCGCACUAGGAGACGCUGAGCGCCCCGAGUUAGAUCUCAGAGCGGAGCCAGCCAUGGAGUGGGCUGGGGGAAAGUUUGGCACCCUGCGAGGGGCUGCCGGACUGGAGUGGGCGGGGCGCCCGACGGUAUUUUAGCCCUCCAGGCUCAGGGACGCAAGCUGCCCAGACCUGAGACGGUGUGCAGCCAUGGACCGCGGAGCUGCAGCUUCCCAGGACACUGCCCCGCCUCAGGAUGGAGAGCAGCCCGCUGAGUCUCCAGAGCCUCCGCCGCCUUGGCCGCCGCCGCCACCACCACCGGCUCCGCCGCCGCUCUCCGAGCCUUCGCCAGAACCGGUACCAGAGCCCUGUCCAGAGCUUGCUCCAGGACCUUGUCCGGAGGCGACCUCAGAACCAGCCACAGAACUGUACACAGAACCGGCCCCAGAACCGGCCCCAGAACCUGCCACAGAGCCGGCCCCAGAACCGGCCCCAGAACCAGCCACAGAGCCUGCCCCAGAACCGGCCCCAGAACCUGCCACGGAGCCGGCCCCAGAACCUGCCACGGAGCCGGCCCCAGAACCCGCCCCAGAACCUGCCACGGAGCCGGCCCCAGAGCUGCCGGCCCCAGAGCUGACUCCAGAACUUGCCCCAGAGCCAGCCCCAGAGCUGACCCCAGAACCUGUGACAGAGCUGGCCCCAGAGUUCUGCCCUGAGGCGGCUCCAGAGUCCCGUCUGAGUCCAGCACCAGGUCUAUUGCCAUGUCCGGUGGACACUCGAGAGAGGGGUCUAAAGACCUCUCCAACGCCAUUGCCAUCGCCCAGAACGCCAAUGUCGUGGUCCAGAAUAAAGAAAAUAUUGAAGGAAGGACCUCUUCUGAAGAACUGUAACUCUUUGAAGAGAUGGAAGCCUAGAUAUUUUCUGAUUCAAGGACAGAAGCUCUACUUUGCACACCAUCCAGCGUUUGCACACUUUGACACGAUUGAUCUGUCUGAAGCCGUCGUGGCAGAAAGCAGCUGUAGAAACCUUUGCCACAGUUUUUGCGUUAUCACACCACAACGAAAAGUCACUGUGGCUGCAUCCAACCGGAAAGACAUGGAAGAAUGGAUUAACGUCAUAAAAACUGUCCAACAGGGAGAAAUUCAUAAGAUACCUGCAGCAGAAAACAACCCUUUUCUUGUUGGAAUGCACUAUUGGUACUCCAGCUACAGUCACCGGACCCAGCACUGCAAUGUUUGUCGAGAGAGCAUUCCUGCCUUAUCUAGAGAUGUCAUCAUCUGUGAAGUGUGCAAAGUGAAAUCUCACAGAUUAUGUGCUUUGAGAGCAAGCAAAGACUGCAAGUGGAAUACAUUGUCUCUCACUGACGACCUCCUCCUGCCUGCAGAUGAAGUAAACAUGCCCCAUCAAUGGGCAGAAGGAAACAUGCCUGUUGACUCUCAGUGUGCAGUAUGUCAUGAGAGCUGUGGCAGUUAUCAGAGACUUCAAGACUUCCGCUGCCUCUGGUGUAAUUCUACGGUGCAUGAUGACUGUAGAAGGCGGUUUUCCAAGGAAUGUUGCUUUGGAAACCAUCGCUCAUCAGUCAUUCCUCCGACUGCUCUAAGCGAUCCCAAUGGCGAUGGUCAAUUAGUAGUAUCUUCGGACUUCUGGAAUCUUGAUUGGUCAUCAACCUGUUCAUGUCCCUUGCUCAUCUUCAUCAACUCCAAAAGUGGAGAUCACCAAGGGAUCGUCUUCCUCCGAAAAUUCAAGCAAUACCUUAACCCGUCUCAAGUGUUUGACCUAUUGAAGGGUGGACCUGAAGCCGGGCUGUGCAUGUUCAAGAACUUUGCUCGCUUUCGCAUUCUUGUUUGUGGUGGAGAUGGCAGCGUGAGCUGGGUCUUAUCUCUGAUUGAUGCCUUUGGAUUACAUGAAAGGUGUCAGUUGGCAGUCAUCCCACUUGGAACCGGCAAUGAUCUGGCUCGUGUCCUGGGCUGGGGUGCAUUCUGGAACAAAAGCAAGUCACCUCUGGACAUCCUCAACAGAGUGGAACAGGCCAGUGUGAGAUUUCUAGACAGAUGGAGUGUGAUGAUCCGUGAGACUCCCAGACAGAUCCCACCACUAAAAGGACAGGUUGAAAUGGAUGUACCACGAUUUGAGGCUGCUGCCAUCCAACACGUAGAAUCUGCAGCUACUGAGUUGAACAAAAUCCUGAAGGCCAAGUACCCCACAGAGAUAAUCAUCGCAACCAGAUUCCUGUGUUCAGCCGUGGAAGAUUUUGUGCUAGAUAUUGUAAAGGCCUGGGGUCAGAUAAAACAGAACAAUACAGCAAUAGAGUCUGUGAUUUUGAAAAGUGACUUAAUGUAUGAUAAGCUCAGUGUCGUGAUGGAUGUUCUGGCUGAGGAGGCAGCAGAUACUUCUGUUGAGAAAAGUGCUACAGUACCUGCAGAUAGCAGCAAGGCAGACAGGAAGCCCUUCAUUCCUCAAAUAGACCACAUAGCCAAAUACAGGUUGGAGCUGACCACAAAGGCCCAGAAUCUCCAGAAAUCCUUGAAACUCAUCAUAUUCCAAGUUGAACAAGUUCUGGAUGAGGAAAGCAGACAGACAAUAUCUGUUAAGAACUUUGGUUCAACUUUCUUCUUGGAAGAUGACCCAGAAGAUAUUAGCCAGACAAGUCCACGACGUCGUUCUCGUCGUGGCACUCUGUCUUCUAUAUCUUCUCUCAAAAGUGAGGACCUAAACAACCUUAACUUGGAUCACUUACAUUUUACACCUGAAACUAUACGUUUUAAAGAAAAAUGUGUCAUGAACAACUACUUUGGAAUUGGACUGGAUGCUAAAAUUUCUCUGGAUUUCAACACCAGAAGAGAUGAACACCCAGGACAAUACAAUAGCCGCCUUAAGAACAAGAUGUGGUAUGGCCUUCUGGGAAGCAAGGAACUUUUGCAGCGCACUUACAGGAAACUGGAAGAACGGGUGCAUUUAGAGUGUGAUGGAGAACCCAUCUCUUUGCCAAAUCUGCAGGGCAUUGUAGUGCUCAACAUUACCAGCUAUGCCGGAGGUAUCAACUUCUGGGGAAGCAACACAGCAACCACGGAAUAUGAGGCUCCUGCAAUAGACGAUGGGAAGCUGGAGGUAGUGGCAAUCUUUGGUUCUGUGCAGAUGGCAAUGUCCCGUAUCAUCAACCUGCAUCAUCAUCGCAUUGCCCAGUGCCGUGAGGUGAUGAUAACCAUUGAUGGUGAAGAAGGUAUCCCAGUGCAGGUGGAUGGGGAGGCCUGGAUUCAGAGACCAGGCCUUAUCAAGAUUAGAUACAAGAAUGCUGCCCAGAUGCUGACAAGAGAUCGGGACUUUGAGAACUCAAUGAAAACAUGGGAGUGCAAGCAUACUGAAAUUCAAGCUGCCCCUCAACCCCAGCUGCACUCCCAGGACUCUCAAGAGUGCCUCUCUGAUGAGGAGUAUGCCCAGAUGCAGCACUUAGCUCGGCUUGCAGAAAACCUCAUCAGCAGACUUAAUGACCUGAGCAAGGUCCACCAGCAUGUAUCUGUCCUCAUGGAUUCUGUGAAUGCCAGUGCUAAUGUCCUGAAUAAUACAUUUUAUGGCCAAGACAGUAGCAGUGAGUUGGGCGCAGCUUCCUGUAUUCCCAUUGAAACUCUAAGCAGAAAUGAUGCCGUAGAUAUUACGUUUAGUCUUAAAGGACUCUAUGAUGACACCACAGCUUUCCUGGAUGAAAAGCUGCUGAGAAGUUCUGAGGAUGAGGCCACAUUACAAAGCACCCUGGAUGCCAUGAAUAAAGAGUUCAAAAAGCUAUCUGAGAUAGACUGGAUGAAUUCGAUCUUUGUUCCAGAGGAAAAAUCUUCGGACACUGACAGUAGAAGCCUCAGGCUGAAAAUUAAGUUCCCCAAAUUGGGAAGGAAAAAGCUAGAAGAGGAACGCAAGCCUAAAUCAGGCCAAAGUGUCCAGGGUUUUAUUGGUCGUAUGUGGCACCGCAGACAUCGUGAAGAUGAAGCAAAGAGUGAUGAUCCUCCAACACCAUCAAUAUCUCAACUGUAGCCCUUGAAAGCUGGAGGAACUCACAACAUUUAGAAUUCUACUAAAAAACUCUCAAAACCUCAAUACAGGCUAGACUAAAUCAUUUCAGAACAAACAUGAGCACCACCAAGAAAGACCCUCCAAUUCUUUAUACUAAUGCAUUUUCCUGGACUUAAUCUGGUCUCCUUAGAGGUUUACAUUUCCUCAUUGGCUCUUGUUCCAAGUUGUCUUGUUCAGUUCUCCUCUUUGUGCAUCUUGAGCAACUACAGCAUUUGUUGGGAUAAGCUCUUUAUGAAUGGCCCGGGAUCGGAUCUAUAAAGGAUUCAAGGGAGUUCACCUCUUCAGGGAGUUUUGGAAUGGCCUUCUCUGACCAGCAGAGAAACUAUCAAUGCUACGGAAUUAAUGAAAGACAGAUUCCCAGGGAGAUGAAGAGAAGGGGGCAGGCAGGACUGCCAGGCUUGGUUGUGUGUCUCCUCGAAUCCUUGCCAACAGCAACUUGCAACUUCAGGAGAUCUCUUCUAGUUGGCUCAUUAAAAUGAGAACUGGAUCCUGGGGGCUUGUCCACUUUCCUUUUAAGAUGACCAUGUGAAAUCUCUUCUUGUAGAUGUGGUAACCACACGCUCUCUCUGCAAACCUUUUGCAUUUUUCCAUGUGUGCAUGUAUGUCUGCAUAUGUCCAGGUGGUGCUCUGGUGGCUGGGUGGGCUCAUUGGUUGGAACUCACCCCUCAUGGCAACCACACAGGCUCCUCUCCUGCUUCCUUGAUCCUAGCCUGCAUGACUCCAUGAAGUGUUUGCCUGCAUUCUUGCUGGAUUUUUUAACUAAAUGUUUUGCUGCUGUGCUGCAGUAUAGAUUAUGUAUAGAGACAUAAAGAUGUGUGUAUACACACACACACACACACAC